AUGGCAGGCGGGAAGGAAAAAGGCAAACGAACAGCAGCAGCACCGGCGCCGGCGCACCUACAAGAGCAAACACGGACGACGACUUCAGUUAUUAGAGCUGAUCCGAAUCUUGGUUACAAACUUCGCGUUCUUUUGCACGACUUUAGAAGUAUCCGUACCAACCGUGCUGCCCAGGAGCGAAUAUCCCAGACAAUAGACCCCCUCUACAUCAGUGCUCCUUACUUUACACCGGAGGAGGCCACGCGUAUCAAAGGAGCUAUCGUGAAUACAUAUACCAAUAUCAACGAAUGUAUUGACGGCCAGGACUUCGGUGAGGACUCGGAACAGGAAGAGAAGACAAAACCGGUAUUUCAGUCUCAAACCCAAACUGCCGAAGAAAUGAUACAGUCCCAUUUCGCCAAUUUCCUAGAGAAAAGAAAACCAAGCGGCGACUCUCGACCAUGUGGACCACACGAUAUGGCUCCUAUAUACCAAAGCAUUUUUGGUAUCGCCGGAACAGAGCUAGAAGAGGAGAACUUCUUGCGCCGACUUCGAAGAGCGGGAUUGAAAAUGAACUAG